CUGUAUAAGAAGAUGGUCAUAACCGUUAGUGUGUGUGAAAUUUAAAUCUUUCUUCUUUUUUUAUUUCAUUUGCAUAUCACUGUCGCCGUAGAUGUUUCCUUAUUCAAUCGCAUUUGUAAUCAUUUGCAGUAACAAUCCAACAAAAUGGAUUUGUAAACGAAGCAGAGUGUUUUUGUAAACAAUUAUGAGGUGUAUAUAGCUAAAAACCGAAGGAAUACCUUGCAGGUUCAAUGUGGUAGUGUGUUUAUCAUUGUCAUAUUCAUCUGUGAAGUGUGUUUGAAGUUACCUACAACAACAACAGCAAUAACAACAACAACAAAUCAGCAAUAAUUUAUAUUGUGUAUUUUAAUGAUUGUGUCUAUGAAUUAUUUCAAAGUGAGUUAUCAAUCACAUUCAACGAAAAAAAAGAGAGCAUAAAAUAAUCCAAAUAUAAGAAAAGAACCAAGAAAACCGUGAAUUUUUGCAGAAAUAAAAGAUAGAAGCACCAACGACAUCAAAGAUUCAUUUGUGUCAAUUGUAAAUUGAAUGUGAUUCCCAUAGAAUACGCAAACGCACACACCAUUUAGACGAGUUCACCAAAACAAAACAAACACCAAAAAACUUCAAGGCUGUUGAUCAUUUUUGUUACCGAAGAUAGACACGCCACAGGGACAAAAGUAAUAUCAAAACUCAUCCCCCUGAUCAACGUAUCCACCAUACAUACACUCACGCAGCAAUCAUUUAAUUAUCACUAUUAAAGGGUCAAAGCUAUUUCUGCUUAUACAUUUGAACUGCCUAAAAAAAAUUCACGGUGUAACUUAAGACAAACGAAAGCAGCAAAAUGAUGAAUCGGUAUCUACUUUUAUUUACAUGGACACUGUUGUCAACUUGUUUAGCCUCACCAGAUGUUCACAAAAAGAUGUCGUCGGAACAGCUGAGGUCGAUAUUUCAUGUAGAAAGCCACGAACUAGUGCCAAAUUAUGAAGUAAUACAUUUAAUACAUCACGGUACAACCGAACACAGAAUAUCAAAGCGAAGUAUUACAUCGACAUCGUCAUCAUUAUCGAGGUCAAAUAAUCAAUUUGACGAUAAAACCGCACACAAUAAAUUGAGUAGUCAUCAUGUGAAAAAAGAUUUGAGUAAAAGUGCAUAUUAUAGUGAAUUGAAGAAAGAAUCAACCAUACCAGUGUUGUCAAAAUGGUCGUCACCAUCGAAAUUUACAAAUUCCAUUCACAGUAAAUUAAAUCCUAGUAAUAGUAAUAGUUUUAGUAGUGAUACACAAUCAAAAUUAGUUAAAAAUAGUUCAAGUGAUAAUGAAUUCGAUAUACAACAAAAUGAAAAUGAUGAUAAUUAUAAUAAUGAGUACAAGCAACAGUUCACGUUGCCAUCGGAAUCAAUGCAAGACGGCAAUAACGGCGAUAGUGAUAGUUAUGAGCAAAUAAAGACGAAACCAUUUGCGCAAUUUGAUUUAGCCAAUAUAAAAGAACAUAAUGUGUCACUCAGUGUAUUUGGCCAAAUGUUCAAUUUGACAUUACGACCAACCACACAACUAUUUAAAGAUGGCACCCAAUCAUUGCCGAUGUUUACGGUGAAUGUUACCCCAAAUGCAACGCACGGACUUUCUUACGAACCAAUCGAAGAGGAACCAAGUGAACAUGUUGGUGAGGUUUUUCAAGACGAAAGAAAUAUGGCAGCAAUAUUGAUGCGGCGUCAACUGGAAAACGGGGAUCUUUUAAUGGAAGGUAGCAUUGGACAUGACAUGGUUAUCAAGCCCGUACCUUACGGGCUUAUACAAGAUAAAAAUUCGGAAAAUACAGCGCAUCAUAUCGUCUACAAACGAAAAGUUGAUGCAACCGAUCAAAAUGGCGAUUUUGCUUUUAUGGAACCAGAUCGUUUACAAAAACGUUACCGCAAAAAACGUUCAACAUUUUCCGACGAAAUUUCCAAUCGUUCGAAGCGCGCUAUACCACAUAUUAUUUAUCCGGAAAUUUUGGUGAUUGUUGAUUACGAUGGAUAUCGAUUGCACGGCGGUGAUAACACACAAAUUAAAAGAUAUUUCGUUUCAUUUUGGAAUGGAGUCGAUUUACGGUAUCGUUUACUGAAAGGACCCAGGAUUCGAAUCAGUAUCGCUGGUAUCAUAAUCUCACGCGGUCGAGAUGCAACACCAUAUUUGGAACGUAAUCGAGUUGGACGCGAUGCUAUUGAUUCAGCUGCUGCUUUAACGGACAUGGGCAAAUAUCUAUUUCGAGAGCGUCGACUUCCAGUCUAUGACAUCGCUGUUGCGAUAACAAAACUCGAUAUGUGCCGAAGAAAUUACCCGACCGAUGUAUGUAAUCGUGGUACAGCAGGAUUUGCCUACGUUGGUGGAGCAUGUGUUGUAAACAAACGACUUGAAAAGGUGAAUAGUGUUGCAAUCAUUGAAGACACUGGCGGAUUCAGUGGUAUCAUUGUAGCUGCACAUGAAGUCGGCCAUUUGCUCGGUGCUGUUCACGACGGAUCACCACCACCAAGCUAUUUAGGAGGACCCGGAGCUGAAAAGUGCCGCUGGGAAGAUGGUUUUAUUAUGUCAGAUUUGCGGCACACUGAAAGAGGUUUCCGUUGGUCACCAUGCACAAUUCAAAGUUUCCACCAUUUCUUAAAUGGUGACACAGCUAGUUGUUUGCAUAAUGCGCCCCACGAGGAUGAUGCACUUGGUCGAGCACUGCCAGGCACAUUACUGUCAUUAGAUGCCCAAUGUCGUCGUGAUCGUGGUACAUCAGCUUGCUUUAAGGAUGAACGUGUGUGUGCGCAAUUGUUUUGCUUUGAUGCAGCCAGCGGCUAUUGUGUUGCAUACCGGCCUGCAGCAGAAGGUUCCCCUUGUGGUGACGGAUCGCAUUGCUUAGACGGUCGAUGUGUAGCUGAACAUGAAAAUAUUAUUCCGGACUAUUCGCAGCAUACGCCAAGCUAUGCUAGUCCAAAUGUGUAUCAACAACAAAGUCUCAAUACUGAGUCAUAUAGCCCGUUCAAGGAUCCAAUGUUCACUACCACUACCACAACGACAACCCUAGCUCCUCCAAUCGACCCCAGCUCCUACUACAAUUUUAACACAAAUCAACAAGAACCGUUUUCCAUUCCAACGGACGAAUUUAAACCAUCUGAACAAGGAAUAUGACAGCAGAAAUUAAAUAAAAGACAAGCCACAUGAAGAUGAAUGAAAAGAAAAAUAAUAAAAAAAAAAUGAUUUGCCAUAUACAAAAAAAAAAAUGUAAAUACAUAAACGAAAAAUCAAACUUUCUUUCAUAUAUUGCUGAACGGUAGACAUAAACACACAUAAGUUUGCAGUUUCUAUAACCAUUCAUUUUUAUCGAUUUUGGCCACACAAAAAAAUUCAACCCAAUACACACACACACAUUCAUCAAUGCGAAGUGAAAUCGGAAAAUGUAAUUACGUACUACUAGGAACUGGAACAACAUACACCUAACAAACAAAAGUUCAUAAUUUACUAAUUUCACAUUACAUAUUAAUGUCAUAGAUUUAAUUCGUACUUAUGGAGGACUUCUUAAACUUAAAGUGAAAUAACACAAGAACAAAACACAGCCACAGAGCGCCAGGUUCGCUUGAUGAUUGAGAUACCAUUUUUUUUCUUAUUCGUCCAAUUAUGCUUAAUAGAGAAAAAGCGAACCACACCGGAAAAAAAGGAAACAUCUUUGUAUAUGAUCGACACUGAGGGAAAUAGAUAAUAUAUAUUUAAGUCACAAUACGAGGGAAAUCAUAUACUCUCUGAGAAGAAUGAAACACAUUGUGACAUUAAACAAGUAAUUGUAGUGUUACCGUUUUGAAUAUCAGGCCAAAAGUCCAUUGUAAAAUUUAAAGCGCAGAAUUUUCGAAAUGUUUCAAUUGAAUGCGAGUUUAGGUGAUUAUUUAUAUAGAAAUCAAACUUGUUUUAAUUCAUUUAAUUAGAUAUUCUUAUUUAUAAAUCGAUCUUAUACCACAUACAGUAGCAUGUUCAUUUAGUGUGUUGCCACGUAAAUGGUAAUCGUACAUCCGAUUCUUUGCGAAAUUCAAUGAACGUAAUCACCGUACAGAACAGAAAAAAUGAUCCCCUUGAGGCUUUCUUUUUAAAUACAAAUUCAAAUGCGUUCAUUGUCACAACUGUCAAGGGCCAAAAAGUGUCUUUCUUCUUUCUAUGGGUUUGGUGUGGAUGCGUUUGAAUCAUAAUCGAACAUUUCACUGAUACUUAUUCCCAAUGCGCACGCACACACAUAAACCAAUACCGACUGAAAUGAACGGUUUUACUUUCGAUUGAUGUCGUAUUCGAUUUAUUUCAUGUUUAUCAAAUAAGCUAGAUUACGAAUUUUAUACACAAAACGGUAUUCAAUGCAAUUGAUUUUCGUCUUAUGACACUGUUACCCCAUCCCAAAAUUUGCAUUAUAAUUGUGAAGUAAGUGUGGAAUUGGCUUACAAAGUCUUACCUCCUGGAAAUGUCUAGGAGAGAACAGAAAUGGAAAUUUCUGUAGAAGAGAGUAGAAGGUAAGAUAUCUUCUUCAUCUUCAUUCAUGUGCUCAGCUAAAUUCUUACCUCCUGGUGGUUUUUUUUAAUUGUACCUCAUGAUUCAUUUUUUUCUUUCUGCGAAAUCGAAUAUUCUGACAAAAUUUCCAUUUCAUUACAGUUGUCAAUUUUUUUUCGCCCGAAUUUUACCAUAUGUAUACACAUUGUACAUUAUUACACGUGUAGUGUUCAAGCAAUCUAAAUUUGCAUGAAUGUGCUUCAGUCGAAUGAUGUGCGACAAAAGCUAUGGUGGCCAUGCUACGGUCGGUUUAAAAAAUCAAUCGACUGGAUUUCGAUCAAUGAGCACCGGCCAAGUGCUACAAUAGCAACACAAGCAAUAAAUGGCAUGUGACCAAGAAAGCAACCACUUUGGCCAAACUUGCUGCGAAAUACCGAAAAUAAAUCGCCAUUAAACAUUUACCACAAUUUUUUCGAAUUGAUUCAACGAUGAUAUAUUUUUUUUUUUCGAAAUACAGAAAGAGAAUAGAGCAAUUUGAUGUUGCGCUACGCACAUCUUGCGGCAACAUUCAUUUUUGCUAUGGUAAAUUUUUAUUGGUGUUUUAGUGAAUAUGGUGAAAAAAAUAAAUAUCUUGAAAAUCAUGUGAACACUUUACCAUUUGAUCUAAUAAAUAAAAUAGGUCAUGCAAUAAAUAAAAGCAAUGAAAGUGAGUGUAAGAGUGUGAGUGUGUAUGUUUAUUAAAAAAAACUAGUGUUAGUUAUCAUUUAAACAGAGAUCACACAUUAGUAAAUCAUUAUUUCGAUAUUGAAUUUGACAAAAAAAAAUUUGUUCUCGUUUGAAUGUGAAAUAAGACAUAUAUUUUUAAUUUUUAAUUGGUUCUCAAAAACGUUCAUAUUUUCCAUAAUCUGAUUAUAGAAUAGUUUUGUAAGUUUUUUCAAGCUCAUUUUAAAAUAAACGAAAUGACAAUUAUAUUGAAGGAAAUAUAUAUAUCCAUAUUUUUCAGUCAAUAUACAGUGCCGUGCAAAAGUUUGAGACCACCUAUGUAUUUUUCAUACAAAAUGGCGUAAAAUACCAUUUUUUGAGGUUUCAAAAAUAAUACUUUUUAUUCUCAGAAAUCAAUGAUUUUCGGCACAUUGUUUCAAUAUCUUAUUAAGAAAAAUUUUCACUGGUUUUGAAAUGGC